AUGUUCCUCUCCCAGGUAACUUACAGGAACAAUAUCACUUCAGUCAUUCUUCUGGGGUUUCCAAAUCUUCAAAAUUUGAAUAUCCUCCUGUUCUUGCUCCUGUUGAUUAUUUAUUCUGUGACCAUAUCUGCAAACACUUUUAUCAUGGUUUUAUUUCUACUGAGCAAGAACCUUCAGACCCCUAUGUACUUCUUCAUUACACAACUUUCGUUACUUGACAUUACCCUGAUUACAGAUAUUCUCCCUAACCUGCUGCGCAUUGUGCUGUAUGAUGGAUGCACUAUGUCACUUAUUGGAUGCAUCAUUCAGUUUAAUUUAUUUGCCACUUCAGAGUCCUCAGAAUGUCUUCUUCUGUCAGUGAUGUCCUACGAUCGGUACCUGGCCAUCUGCAACCCGUUACGUUAUGUUUCUAUAAUAAAUCACAGGUUUUGCGUGAAAUCUGCUAUUACUGUUUGGAUAGUAGGUUUUUUGCUGAUGUUAGUCAAUGCUAUAUCUAUAUGCAGUUUGCAUUUCUGUGGACCAAAUGUCAUUGACCAUUUCUAUUGCGACUUUGAACCCUUAUUGCAGCUUUCCUGCUCUGAUACCACCAUAAUUCAUAUUCAGACUUUCAUAAUGAGUAUUUUAGCCACUCUUAUUCCAUUUAUGAUAAUUGUGAUGUCAUAUGUGUACAUUGUCCUUACGAUUCUGAAGAUACCUUCAUUUUCUGGCAGAAAGAAAGCCUUCUCCACCUGCAGCUCUCACCUGAUGGUGGUUUCCAUAUUUUAUGGGACAUUAAUCAUUGUUUAUGUGUUUCCAACGAGACAAUUAACCACAAUAAGCAAAGUCUUGUCUCUGUUUUACACUGUGAUAGUCCCAUUGCUUAAUCCAAUUAUAUAUACUUUCAGAAACAAGGAUGUUAAGGAAGCCUUUGAUAAAGUAAAUCAAAUGAAAACAGACAAGUUAUGGUGGUAA